ACUUUGAAAGAAGAUAGCAAUGAUUUGAUAUCAGAUUAUCCUGCUGCUAAGUCUUAUUUGCAAAAUAAAUUGUAUCCAAUAUGCUUUUCUUGGGUUUAUUGUUAUAUACAAACACAAUUUACAGCUGAUAUUAUAACAACUCAAAAAGCAGAAUCUGAAAAUAAUACUAUUAAAUAA